CUAAGUCAGAAAAAUAUAGGGGCAUUUUUUUUCUGUUAAUGAUUUUUUUCCCCCUCAGCAGUAGAAAUUAGAGUAAUAGAACUUCUUAUAGUUUUUCUGACAAGCAGACAUGAGAAACUGCCAAAAAUGCUAUGUAUUUGUUUGGUGUUCUGGUGCCAUCUAUAGUUGAAAAGUAUGUCAUUUUUAAAAUAUUCGUAUAUUUAAGUGAUAUCAGUUUUGUGUGUUAAAUCUUGUUUUAGAUCUUUUAUCUUCCCUUCUACAAUUAGGUUUACAAAGAGUCUUUCUGAUCUUAUGUAAAUUAUAGAAACUGGGACACAAAGUGUUUUAAUUGCUACAAAAUAAAUGGGUUGGAUUUGGCUAUUUGCAAAUAUUUUAACCAAUAAAAUGAAAUGUUUCCCUUCUUAUAUUAAUUUCUUUGUUUUUAAACAAAAUUUUCCCUCUUCUUUGUUUCCUAAAGUAACUGCUGUAUGAUCCUGUCAUAAAAUAGUUAGCUAUGUUGUGAAAUUAGUCACUUUGAAAGUUAAGUAUGGCUUUUGCUUAUAUGUAAAACAGAGUAGAUAGAGUACCAUUUUGUUUUAACACUAAAUAAUCCACAGAGCAAUUUUUAAAAUAAAAAUUUAUACAUAUACUGCCUUUUAGUGGUAUAUAAUAAACUAUUCCUAUCAUACUUUGGAUAAAUGUAAAUACAGAACAACUCUUUUCAGACACUGGAUAAUGGACUAUACGGGAUUGUCCUCCCUGAGACAAGGGAAACAAAUGAAGAGAGCCCUGUAAUUACCCUGGUUUUCUGCCCGCAAACCAUUCUAGACUGUGGUGCAGGCAGGAAUAUCCGCAGCAAAGCAGAGUAGUCUUCUUGAAUUGAGGAUGCAGAUUGGAGUUCAGGGAGACUGAAGUGGUUGGAAGUUGAGGGCAGAGUUCUGUAGAGAAAGGAAUGAUAUAGAAAAAGAACUCCAGAAAUCUACCAAAGACUUCUUUGAGUGUUUGAAUACAAGAUGCACUUGUGUAGAGUAGAAACUCUACAAGGUUAAGCAAAGAGCCACUGGAGAACUGUGAGCCAAAAGGUGCCCAGAGUUCACAUGGGACUUGGAGGUAUUUGAAUUUCCAGUGGUCAAAGUGAAAAGUUCUUGUUUGUUGGUCACUGGGACAUGCAAUAAAGAUAUGGAAGAUUCACAUCUUAGUAGUAGAGUCCUAGAGUAAAAGCAUGUCUGGAAUUAGCCUACCCAAGCUUGAAAACAAACCUUGACAGGAUAAAGUGGAAUUAGAAAUAACAGCUUGUGAAAAAAAAAAGAAAAUGCCAAAUGGUCUCUAAAGGAAGAUAACAAAAUUCAGGUAGUCAGUUGCAUAAAAUUAUAAUGUCUAACAUGUGACCAAAAAUUACUAGACAUGUCAAUAAGCCCGAAAAGAUGACCCUUGACCUAGAGAAACAAUCAAUAGAAACAAUCCCAGAAAUUUCAAAAAUGAUAGAAGUAGAAGAAGGAAUUGUUAAUGUGGUUGCAAUUCAGCUGUUUAAAGGAAAACAUGAACGAACAUUGGAGAAAAAUAAAUAGAUAAAAAAGACCACAUGGAACUUCAAGAGAUGAAGAAUAGAGUAUCUGAAAUUACAAAUACACCAGGUGGGAUUUUCAACAGAACAGACCCUAUAGAGAAAAAAUUACUGAACUUGUGGGCCUAGAAAUGUCAGUGUUGUAAGAUGUAGUACAGAGAGAACAAAGACCAGAAAAAAUGAAGAGAACAACAGUGACACAUGAGGACGUAUCAAGCAGUCAGCAUUGUGUAAUUGAAGUUCCUAAAAGAGGAAAGAAAGGGGGAAAACAGGGAAAAGAUUAAGAAAUAAUGACUGUAAAUGUUUCAAAUUUGAUGAGCACUAUAAACCCAUAGAUUUAAAAAAUUUGAUGAGGCCCAGGAAGGAUAAACACAAAGGCAACCAUCACUGGAAAAAUCACUGCUUAAAUCUCUUGUUCUUCUGUAGUUCUCUAGUUCUUCUCUAGGAUUUACUUAUUCUUAAAUUAACUGUGUUACAAAAUUAAAUGUUAUUUUAAUUAACCACUUUUGCAGGGAGUGUGGAGGUUCAUGUCAUCCUAAACCUAAAACAACAGCGUGUCACCAAAGAUUGAAAAUGAUUUUCUUAUUUGGUUUGCUUCAUGACCAUUAGGCAAGAGCGCGCGUUAGGAGAUUCUGGCUGCCAGAACUCCGAGUCUGAUCCAGAGGACUUUUCAGAUGAAACCAAUACAGAGAACCUGGAUGGCACCUCUCCCCCCAGCACCCCUCGGCAGAUAAAACGCAUGUCCACCAAGCACCAGAGGAAUAACGUCGGGAGGCCUGCCGGCCGGUCUGGUUUGAAAGAAAAAAUGAAUGCACCAAACCAGCCUCCACACAAAGACACUGGAAAAACGGUGGAGAAUGUGGAAGAAUACAGCUAUAAGCAGGAGAAAAAGAUCCGAGCAGCUCUUAGGACAACAGAGCGCGACCAUAAGAAAAAUGUGCAGUGCUCGUUCGUGUUGGACUCGGUGGGUGGGUCUUUGCCCAAAAAAUCAAUUCCAGAUGUGGAUCUUAAUAAGCCUUACCUCAGUCUUGGCUGCAGCAACGCUAAGCUUCCGGUAUCCGUGCCCAUGCCUAUAGCCAGAACUGCACGCCAGACUUCUAGGACUGACUGUCCGGCAGAUCGCUUGAAGUUUUUUGAGACUUUACGACUUCUGCUAAAGCUUACCUCAGUCUCAAAGAAGAAGGACAGGGAGCAAAGAGGACAGGAAAAUACGUCUGCUCUCUGGUUUAACCGAUCUAACGAACUCAUCUGGUUGGAGCUACAAGCCUGGCAUGCAGGACGGACCAUUAAUGACCAGGACCUCUUUUUGUUCACAGCCCGUCAAGCCAUCCCAGAUAUUAUCAACGAAAUCCUUACUUUCAAAGUGAAUUAUGGGAGCUUUGCCUUUGUUCGAAAUGGAGCUAGUUUUAAUGGUACUUCAGUAGAAGGGCAGCGCAGAGCCCCUCAUGGAACAAAGAUUGUGGGUUACUCAACAUAUCAUGAGCAUCUCCAACGCCAGAGGGUGUCAUUCGAGCAGGUGAAACGGAUAAUGGAGCUGCUGGAGUACAUAGAAGCACUUUAUCCAUCGUUGCAGGCUCUUCAAAAGGACUACGAAAAAUAUGCUGCGAAAGACUUCCAAGACAGGGUGCAGGCGCUCUGUUUGUGGUUAAACAUCACAAAAGACCUAAAUCAGAAGUUAAGGAUUAUGGGCACUGUUUUGGGCAUCAAGAAUUUAUCAGACAUUGGCUGGCCAGUGUUUGAAAUCCCUUCUCCUCGAUCAUCCAAAGGCAAUGAGCCGGAAGAUGAGGGUGAUGACACAGAAGGGGAGUUGAAAGGGCUGGAGAGUAGUGCGGACGAGAGCGAAGAAGAAGAGCUCUCUGGUCCAAGGGCCCCGGAACCCGCACAGCCCGCUGACCGCCGUUUCAGCAUCCAUUCUCAGGACUGCGUGUCUAAGAAGCUUGAGCGGCUUGAGUCUGAGGAUGAUUCUGCUGGCUGGGGAGCCCCAGACUGCAGCACGGAAGCAGGCUUUAGUAGACACUGUCUGACUUCUAUUUAUAGGCCAUUUGUAGACAAAGCGCUGAAGCAAAUGGGGUUAAGAAAGUUAAUUUUAAGACUUCACAAGCUGAUGGACGGUUCCUUGCAAAGGGCACGUAUAGCACUGGUAAAGAGUGACCAUCCAGUGGAGUUUUCCGAGUUUCCAGACCCCACGUGGGGUUCAGAUUAUGUGCAGUUAUCCAGGACGCCAUGUUCCUCGGAGCAGAAAUGCAGCACUGUGUCAUGGGAUGAACUCCAGUCCAUGGACUUGCCCUCAUUCGAACCUGCCUUCCUGGUCCUCUGUCGAGUCCUUCUGAAUGUCAUACAUGAGUGUCUGAAGUUAAGAUUGGAGCAGAGGCCUGCUGGAGAACCGUCUCUCUUGAGUAUUAAGCAGCUGGUGAGGGAGUGUAAGGAGGUGCUGAAGGGCGGCCUUCUGAUGAAGCAGUACUACCAGUUCAUGCUGCACGAGGUUCUGGACGACCUGGAGAAGACCGACUGCAACAUCGAUGCCUUCGAGGAGGACCUGCACAAAAUGCUGAUGGUGUAUUUUGAUUACAUGAGAAGCUGGAUCCAAAUGCUACAGCAGUUACCUCAGGCAUCCCAUAGUUUAAAAAAUCUGUUAGAAGAAGAAUGGAAUUUCACCAAAGAAAUAACCCAUUACAUCCGGGGAGGAGAAGCACAGGCCGGCAAACUUUUCUGUGACAUCGCAGGGAUGCUGCUGAAGUCGACAGGAAGUUUUUUAGAGUUUGGCUUACAGGAGAGCUGUGCCGAGUUCUGGACCAGCGCCGACGACAGCAACGCUUCGGACGAAAUAAGGAGGUCUGUCAUAGAGAUUAGUCGGGCGCUGAAGGAGCUCUUCCACGAAGCCAGAGAAAGAGCCUCCAAGGCCCUCGGAUUUGCCAAAAUGUUGAGAAAGGACCUGGAAAUAGCAGCAGAAUUUGUACUUUCAGCCCCAGUCAGAGACCUUCUGGACGUUCUGAAAUCAAAGCAGUAUGUUAAGGUACAGAUUCCUGGCUUGGAAAACUUGCAGGUGUUUGUCCCAGACACCCUCGCUGAGAAGAGCAUUAUUCUUCAGUUGCUCAAUGCAGCUGCGGGAAAGGACUGCUCCAAAGAGUCCGAUGACGUCCUGAUUGACGCGUACCUACUGCUCACCAAGCACAGCGACCGCGCCCGGGAUGCCGACGAUGGCUGGGCCGCGUGGGAAGCGCAGCCCGUCAAAGUUGUGCCGCAGGUGGAGACCGUCGAUACCCUGAGAAGCAUGCAGGUGGAUAAUCUUCUACUAGUUGUCAUGCAGUCUGCCCAUCUCACAAUUCAGAGGAAGGCCUUCCAGCAGUCCAUCGAGGGACUCAUGACUCUGCACCAGGAGCAGACAUCCAGUCAGCCACUCAUCGCCAAGGCUUUGCAGCAGCUAAAGAAUGACGCGCUAGAGCUUUGCAACAGAAUAAGCGAUGCCAUCGACCGAGUGGACCACAUGUUCACUUCCGAAUUUGAUGCGGAGGUUGACGAAUCUGAGUCUGUUACGCUGCAGCAGUACUACCGCGAGGCGAUGAUUCAGGGGUACAACUUUGGUUUCGAGUAUCAUAAAGAAGUUGUUCGUUUGAUGUCUGGAGAGUUUAGACAGAAGAUAGGAGACAAAUAUAUAAGCUUUGCCCGGAAGUGGAUGAACUAUGUCCUAACUAAAUGUGAGAGCGGUCGAGGUACAAGACCCAGGUGGGCAACCCAAGGUUUUGAUUUUCUACAAGCCAUUGAACCUGCCUUUAUUUCAGCUUUGCCAGAAGAUGACUUCUUGAGUCUUCAAGCCUUGAUGAAUGAGUGCAUUGGCCACGUGAUAGGAAAGCCGCACAGUCCUGUUACAGGUUUGUACCUUGCCAUCCAUCGGAACAGUCCCCGUCCCGUGAAGGUGCCGCGAUGCCACAGUGACCCUCCUAACCCACAUCUGAUUAUCCCGACUCCAGAGGGAUUCAGCUUCUCUUCUCGUGCCAGCACUCGGAGCGUGCCUUCAGACGCGCGGAGCCACGGCGGCCCUGCUGCUGCUGUCACUGUGGCCGCCGCCGGCCGGCCCGGUCCCUCCGGCAGCGACGCUGUGCCGCCCAAACCCAUCAGCGGUGCCCAUGACACCAGGGGUUCCAGCGUCCCUGAGAACGACCGGCUGGCUUCCAUAGCUGCGGAGUUACAGUUUCGGUCCUUGAGCCGCCACUCAAGCCCCACCGAGGAGCGCGAUGAACCAGCAUAUCCAAAAGGUGAUUCAAGUGGGUCAGCUCGAAGAAGUUGGGAACUUCGGACACUUAUCAGCCAGACUAAGGACACUGCUUCCAAACAAGGACCCAUAGAGGCUAUCCAGAAGUCGGUCCGAUUGUUCGAAGAAAAGAGGUAUCGAGAAAUGAGGAGAAAGAAUAUCAUUGGUCAAGUUUGUGAUACCCCUAAAUCUUAUGAUAAUGUUAUGCACGUAGGCUUGAGGAAGGUGACCUUCAAGUGGCAAAGAGGAAACAAAAUUGGGGAGGGGCAGUACGGGAAGGUCUACACCUGCAUCAGUGUCGACACUGGCGAAUUGAUGGCUAUGAAGGAGAUUCGAUUUCAACCUAACGACCAUAAAACUAUCAAGGAAACUGCAGACGAAUUGAAAAUCUUUGAGGGCAUCAAACACCCCAAUCUGGUUCGGUAUUUUGGUGUGGAGCUGCAUAGAGAAGAAAUGUACAUCUUCAUGGAGUACUGUGACGAGGGGACAUUAGAAGAGGUGUCGAGGCUGGGACUUCAGGAGCACGUCAUCAGGCUGUACUCAAAGCAGAUCACCGUUGCCAUCAACGUCCUCCACGAGCACGGCAUAGUUCACCGAGACAUUAAAGGGGCCAACAUCUUCCUCACCUCGUCUGGACUCAUCAAGCUCGGGGAUUUUGGAUGCUCCGUAAAGCUUAAAAACAACGCACAGACCAUGCCGGGCGAAGUGAAUAGCACCCUGGGGACUGCAGCAUACAUGGCUCCAGAAGUCAUCACUCGCGCAAAAGGAGAAGGCCACGGGCGUGCCGCUGACAUCUGGAGUCUGGGGUGUGUCGUCAUAGAGAUGGUGACUGGCAAGAGGCCUUGGCAUGAAUAUGAACACAACUUCCAGAUUAUGUAUAAAGUGGGCAUGGGGCACAAGCCACCGAUCCCUGAAAGACUAAGCCCGGAAGGAAAGGACUUCCUUUCUCACUGCCUUGAAAGUGAGCCCCGGAUGAGGUGGACGGCCAGCCAGCUCCUCGACCAUGCCUUCGUCAAGGUUUGCACAGAUGAAGAAUGAAGCCAGUUGGUCUGUGGCCUGGUGGCGUGUGUGCUCGGAGAAUUCUCUCAAUCACUACUGUAUGUAAUAUUUACAUAGAGACUGUGCCGAGAAGCAGUGUAAGCCUUUCUAACCUUCCAAGACUGAGGACUGCACAGGCGACAAGCGUCACUUGUCCUGCUGCUCCUGUUUGUUCGAUGCGGCGCGGGGCCCUUCCGCGUGACGGUGUCCACGAGGUAAAGAAGCUGCAUGUUAAGUGCCAUUACUACUGUACACGGACCAUCGCCUCUGUCACCUGUUUCUCGUGUGACUGAGGACCGUGACGUCAGUGUAGUAUUUUUGACCUUCCCGGGUUCAAAAGCAGUUGUAGUGUUAUCGGUGUCCUGGGCCUUGUUGUUAAACUUCUUGUUUGUCGAGUGCACUGACUGUGAAACCUUACCUUUUUGUCUUUGGCAAGCCACGGGCUUGUCACGAAAAGGCUGAUUGAUGAAAUUUCAGAAAAAGGUUCUUUUUUCAAUAAAUGGUUUAUUUUAGGAAA